CCAGACAGAGAGAGGGAGAGGAGAGGAGAGGGAGAUGGCGGAGUUGCUGAGCCUGGGAAUUCUAAUCGACGUUCUCGACGAGGAGUGGAUGAGAGACACUCUCCCUGAAGAUGAUAUCGCUCUGCCACCCGAGAUCGCCCCUCCAACCGGAGACGCUGAGGAUCCAAAUCAAGAAAGCCAACCAGUCGACGGGGAUGUGUGGCGUGAGCUUGCCCUAGAGAAUCAAUAAGGCUUUCCUUAUUGUGAUGGAAGCGACCCUCGGGCUAGGAGCCGACCUUAUUUCUAGAAGCUCGCACUAGAACAAUGGUCUGGAGGAUUCAUUUGUUUUCUUAGUUAGGUUUUUCUUUUGUGAGCCUCUUGGGGACUUACAAUUCCAGUAAUAUCUUAUGUUGGUCUGUAUAUUGUCUCUUUGGGUCUAGCAGACUUCUUCGAGUGUUGGAUAUCAAGCUUCAUGUUGCUCGCUAAUAUCAUUUCUAUUUCUGUUGCAUUAACUAUGAGAUGUUACUAUUGUUAUGCAUACAGGAUUCCAGUUGAGUA